AAUCUCAACAUGGCGCUGAUAUAAUUUAUUCGCAAUCUAUCUCACAACCCGGUAUUAACCCUCUGCUAGUUGGGCGUGUGCCAAACGCGGGACGUGUAGCAAAGGGCAAAUAUUGGGCUACCCUUUCAAAAGGGGGUGUUUUAUUAGCGUCGACCUAAAAAUAGGGUUGCCACUGGAAACGCCAAAAGAAACGCUGCUCCGAGUAGAAUGCCCAUGUCGUGGUAAACAGAAAGAGGUUUUGACAGCACUAUGUCGUGGCAGCAUAAAAAGGUACCCACUAGUAACGGGGCAUACCUGUUCGUCCGUUUUCCAACGAGCGGCGGGUCAAACCUGGGAGUCGUGGGACAGGCCUGUGUGCUGGCCUCCAGUAAUGUCCGUAACUUCCGAGGCAGAUUUCUUGGCAUCGCCCGUAAGAUAUUUGAGUCUGGUUACAGUUUUCGGGGAGACCACUAUCAUAAAGACGAAGCCUGUGUCGUAUUUUUAUUUCCCGACAGAGAGGCCGCCAUUAAAUUCUUCGUGAGUGACAAGAAUUUCAAACAGCCUGAUUUCCCGCCACCCGCUGGCGCCUGCGAAGCGUGGACGAUCGAUCGGUACUAUACGCCAGAAGAUGAAGCAGAUUACAGCACGUUCAUGAUCUCCGAGAUCCGUCUGACGAAGGGCUCGUAUCUGGACCUGAAGCACCAGUUCGCCUCGCCGUUCGCCAACAUGAUGCUCGAUCACGCCGCUCACCCGUUCGUCGUGCAGACCGACGACAUACACUCGCUCCGCAGACACUACAAGGACCCGCACACCGUCGUCAACGUCCACCUGUUUAGAACACCCUCGCAGAUGGGACAGAUCAUGAAGGAUUAUCGAUAUGACUCAUUGCAAAGAAUCCAGAACGAACUUGGUUCUGAGUACCACACCGUUUUCACCCUUGACCCGGAGGCGUGUCCCUAGUUCAUUGCUGACGUCACUGUCAUCGAUGACUGACAGUUUUUAGCAAACACAACUGCAUACAUGUACAUCUUGUGUAUUUAUUUACAAACUGCGCAUAAACAGUUUUCAUUGUGACCAAAGUGGAAAUACGAAAUAAAACAGCGUUCGUGCAAGGAUGACAUAAUAAGCCACGUGAUCUAGUGAAAUAUGGCUUCACGUGCGCAUGUCCAGUAAAGGCAUGCACGUGUGGUUUUUGUCUUUUAUUCUUUCUUUUCUCUUCAAUUUCUCCGUUCGUGACCUGCCUAGGAAAACGUGUUCGAAACGUAAUUGGAUAUAAGAGCACUAUUUUUAUCGACACUAUGUCAAAUAAACCUUCAUGUUGUGUAAUGUUUAAUAUUUUACCUAGGCUGUUACAUGAAAGCCGGCAGUUUCUUAUAGUCAUAUCUUAAUCAAAACAAUUAAAUACCACAAUUCGAUUUUAUUGCAAUGUGCCACCGUUGAAUCUUUUUUUCUUUUCUUAAAAUACACUUUAUUAAAAACUAUGACUUCAGUUUUAUUAAAAGUUUGAUUCAUAAAGUUCCAUAAUUCGAUUUUAUAAACUAUCAAAAAUUCAGCUUUAUUAGAAAUUAGCAUAGGCUUACUUUGGCUUUUUCUAGAAAGUGCCACAAUUUGACUUGCAUAGAAAAUAUCACAAUUCAGUUUUACUAAAAAGUACCACAGAUUACCUUAAUAUUUAAAAUGUUUACUGGAAAACAACACAAUUCUAGAAGAAGAAAAUAUUAGUUGUUAACCAAAUUCAUGCAGUUUCGUUUAAUUCUAGCAAAAACCAGCCUACAAAAAUGGGAGUUCGUACGGCUAUGCACAUUUGUACAAAGUACCACAGUUCAGCUUUAUUAAAAAGUAACAUAAUUCAACUUUAUUAACAUAAUACGAACGACAAAAGAACAUUUUUAAAAUCGUAUCUAUAUCUCUAGCAAAAAAAAAAAAAGGACGUUUUGAUAAUAUCGUGAUUGCUAUCGUUAUCAAAAUUAGUAAAUAUUAAUAUUUAUCUUUUUAAUAUGUAAAAAUCUGUAUUUACCAUCUGUAUCUUCUUAUUGUCGUACCUUAAGCUGUACCCUAAACGGCCGCGAGCGAUGCGAGCGAUGCGAGCGAUUAUUUUAGAAAUAAUUGAUUUUAAUUGCCGUAUCCUAACUGGACGCGUGCGAUGCGAAACAUUUAUCCGUCGCGUCGUACGCGCGCGGUUAGGACACGGCGAUUAAAAUUAAUGAUUUCUAAAAUAAUCGCUCACGUCCGGUUAGGAUACAGCUUUAUACAUGUUUAUGUUGCAUAUAUUUUAUCAUUUAGCUUUAUCUUCUUUAGAGUAGUUAUCUGUUAUGUUAUUUGAAUGUUUAUUUAACAUUAAACAAGUUUUACCUGUG